AUGGCCUGCGAAUUCGUCUCUGGUGGAGGUCACACGCAUCAACUAAAAUCACCGUUUGCUGUCAUGGCCAAGCUGUUUGAAAGUAUUGGGAAAUUGGGGUUGGCCUUGGCCAUUGGAGGAGGUGUUGUCAACUCUGCCUUGUACAAUGUUGAUGCCGGUCACAGAGCCAUUAUAUUCGACAAAUUUAGAGGAGUGCAAGAAGUUGUGGCUGGAGAAGGAACCCACUUUGUCAUUCCUUGGGUUCAGAAGCCCAUUAUCUUCGACUGUCGUUCCCGUCCACGCAAUGUGCCUGUUAUCACUGGCAGCAAAGAUCUGCAAAAUGUAAACAUCACAUUGCGUAUCCUUUUCCGGCCUGUGACCAGCCAACUCCCCCGCAUUUUCACAAGCAUCGGAGAAGAUUACGACGAGAGGGUUCUGCCAUCUAUCACCAUAGAGGUCUUAAAAGCUGUAGUGGCCCGUUUUGACGCUGGAGAGCUCAUCACCCAAAGAGAGUUGGUGUCUCGGCAAGUCAGCGAGGACCUGACAGAAAGAGCAUCUACUUUUGGACUCAUAUUGGAUGAUGUCUCAUUGACGCAUCUGACAUUCGGAAAGGAGUUUACGGAGGCUGUUGAAAUGAAGCAGGUGGCCCAACAAGAGGCUGAGAGGGCUAGAUUUGUAGUAGAAAAGGCUGAGCAACAGAAGCAGGCCGCUAUCAUCUCUGCUGAGGGAGAUUCUCAGGCUGCCUUGCUCAUUGCAGAUUCUCUGAUGGUGGCUGGAGAUGGUUUGGUCGAGCUGCGUAAACUGGAAGCUGCAGAGGAAAUUGCCCUCCAGCUGUCACGUGCCAGAAAUGUUACCUACCUUCCCUCUGGACAAGGCACGCUACUGCAGCUACCUCAAUGA